UGGGAACGAUGAUGAUGAGCGGGGAGCGCUUGUUGGGAACGAUGAUGAUGAGCGGGGAGUGCUUGUUGGGAAUGAUGACGAUGAGCGGGGAUUGGUUGUUGGGAACGACGAUGAUGAGCGGGGAUCGGCUUUUGGGAACGAUGACGACGAGCGGGGAUCGGCUGUUGGGAACGAAGACAACGAUCACGGAUCGCUUUUUGGGAACGAAGACGACGAUCAGGGAUCGCUUUUUGGGAACGAAGACAUUGGCCAUAGAUUGGCUUUUUCUGAUGUGCUUUUUAACAAAUUCCCCUCUUAAUCACUGGGAUAUUACGCCUUGUUUCUUUAUUCUGCUGAAUCCUUCCUGACGUCUCUGCAAGGCAAAGCUCAUUUCCUCAGCUCUCUAUAAUGUUAAUUGCACGGGUGUCAUUGAGAACACUGUCCUGUUCUCUUGUCUACAUGGUGUGCUGUUGUGGUCAAUUGAUUCUGUCUUUUUUCAGCUCAGUGGUCAGUUUUGCAGGUUCGAUUUGUACCAGUGAGCACCACUGCUCUGGGGAACAUGCAAAUAUUUGUCAUAGAUUGUAAGACUUGUAAUUUAGUCUGACAGUGGUUUAAAUCUUAAAGAUUUCAGGCUUGUUGGUCUUCACUGAGGACUCCAUCAUCAGAAAAUGGUCAAACAUCUAGAAAACAAAUUCUGUGUAUGGUUUGUGGAGUGUUUUGAAUUUUUUUCUUUGAACCUUUAAUGCUGUUAAUUUAAUGAUAUCUCAGGUUUCCUCUUGUGUGAAUGAGUCGUAAGAAUAGUGUUGCUACGGGGGUUUUUCAGGCUUGGUGGUUGAUGGAUGAAGAUAUUUGUCUUGGAGGGAGAGGCUAUUUCUGGCUUUGUACAAUAUCAUCUGGAAAUUGAGCUAGAAUGAUUCUGGGCUUCAUUACACAUACUAAAAGUAUCACACUCACCCUAGCAUGUGGUAAAGACAUUAGACUGAUCUUUUUUUCACGUUUAUUUGCAGCUGUUUUUGGAGGACACUUCUAUGUGAAAUAUGACCCAAGCCAUGCAAUGAAAUUAAGAUAACUGUAAUUUUACAUGGCCGAAAAAUAAACACUGAAACACAGGUUCCACUCCGGUCAGCUAAGAACAGGAAUCAGCCAGGAAGCUACAUUAGGCACAGACUCACCGAAACAGAACGGUUGACGAUUAGAAAAAAACCAUGGCCUGGUCUUUUCCCAAUCUUCAACUGUAGUCAAAUGUAGUCUCAGAUUUCUGUUCUUAGCUGACAAGAGUGGUCAGGAUUUGGUCUUGUGCUAUCGUAGCCCAUCCACUUCGAAGUUCGAUGUAUUGUGCAUUCUGAGAUGCUUUUCUGCUCACUACGUUUGUAAAGAGUGGUUCUUUGAGUUACUGUAGACUUCCUGUCAGCUGAAACAUGCUUGAAACCAUUCUCCUCUGACCUCUCUUAUCAUCGAAAUGGGAUUUCCGCCUGCAGAACUGCUUCUUACUGGAUGUUUUUUGGUUUUUGCGCCAUUCUGUGUAAACUCUAAUUGUGCAUGAAAAUCUCAGGAUCAGCCAUUUCUGAACUGCUCAAACCAACCCAUCAAUUGACCACUUUUUAGCCAUCAAUUAAGUUUCCAGACAACUAAACCACAGGGUUAGACAGCGCUGUGGAGUUUUUCCUUGCCUGUUGGGAUAGCCAAUGAAUUGAAGAAUUGUCCACCAAAAUUAAUUAAACUUUUCUUUUUUGUUAAACUGUAAUUGUUGUGUUAAUGUUGAUAUAUAUUUUUUUAAUGAAAUUUCAAAUGUCACCCAGACUUAGCCGCUGCCUCAGCAAGUUGCCUCGUGUGCUGCACUGCUUUAAGGCAAGAGAGACAUUUUCAUUCUUUCUUAUCUAAAAUGCUUGCCCUCGGGUUCGUCCUGACGGUUCGGAAACAGUGCAUUUCUCAUGCUUUAGUUUUGUGGAAGAGGUCACGUCUGAUGUGUGUGGAUUAGGCCAAACCAGCUGACAUUUCGGUGUCCAUUAAGCUUGGCAUUUCUUCCGUCUGAAGUAGCUUUCAGCCUUAUAUAAUGUGUAGAUUUUUUUCCCGCUUUCGUCCAGGGGCUUAAAGCGGCACUGAUCUACGGUGUGUGUCUGUGUCUGUGUGUGUGUGUGUGUGUGUGGGGGGGGAGACAGAAGGACUUGUGAGUGUUGUGUGGAAGAGUUGGGUUUGUAUCCCUUACAGGAGAACUUAGAAGGAAACAGUGUUGUGUAAUAUGUAAGUAAUAAAAAUGCAGAGGCACUGAAAUUCGAAUGUUGCAAUAUAUGAACACUUUGCACUUUUUCUUUUUUUCCUGUGUUGCAUUCUUGCAAGAAAAUAAACACUGUUAAGAAAGUCAUUGAGUAAGUAUGCGUGUGUGUAAAAGUGUGGCGGAAAGCCAAGGCUAACUUGACCUAUGUAUUUUGGCAUGCUUUGCUGUGCUCGCUGUGUGAGGAGAGAUGGAAAUGGUUGAUAAUGCAGUAGAUAACUCCUGCCGUCCCCCACCUGCUGAUAAGCGAAGUGAGGUGGUAUUUACUUGUAGGUAAAUGGAAAUAAAUGCAGAGUAAAUGGUGAACUUCAAAGACCCAAGCAUUUAUCUUGUUUAUAUCCUUCAGGAGUGCACAGUAUAAAACACGAUGAUAAAUUCAAGAACACAGCUAAGUCAGUGUUUUUGUUUAAUAGUUAAUGAGUAAUAAGAUAAUGCCCUUAUUCAUCAGAGUUGCGUAGAAACACACACAGAUUAAAGCAAGUACAUAGUACUGCAGGUAAAAGUGUCAAAUGUGAGAAUUCACAGCUUCAUUCUACUGGACAUUAUCAGAAAGAUUAAUGAUGACCUACAUGAUGAUGUGUCUUAUUUUUAAAUUUACUGCUAAGUGGGUGUGUCAUGAGGAAGGUUUUUUUUUUUUUCGUGUAUACCAGUCGAUUAAAAUUCAGACUAGUAUCAUAUGUUAAAACAUGGCAGAAAACUCAAACAACAGAAAAGCAUCUCAUUUACAUUUAUGGCAUUUGGCAGACACCCUUAUCGAGAGUAACUUUCAUUUAUGUCAUUUUUAUACAACUGAGCAGUUGAGGGUUAAGGGCCUUGCUCAAGGGCCCAGCAGUGGCAGCCCUGGGAUUUGAACUCACAACCUUCUGAUCAGUAGUCUAACACCUCAACCACUGGGCUACCACUGCCCACAGCUCACAUCUCUCAUCGGACAACAUGCCAAGCAGUAGAAGACCACACUGGGUUCCAGUCCUGUCAAAAAACAAAACAAAACAAAAAAAAAACAGGAAUCUGAGGCUACAAUGGGCGAAACUGGACAGUUGGGAAACUGUCUCCUGUUCAUUAUCCAAUCUUCAAUUGUCCACUUUCAGUUAUCCUGCAGACUCAGCUUCCUAUUCUUGGCUAAACGGUUUGGAACCCAAAGUGGCCUUCUGCCUUUGUAGCUCAUCUGCUACACAUGUUUUGUGCGUUUUGAGAUGUUUUUCUGCUCACCACAUUUGUAAAGAGUAGCUAUUUGAGAUACCGGAGUCUUCCUGUCUGCUGAAUGAACCAGCGUGUUUAUCCUCCUUUCACCUCUCACAUCGACAAGGCAUUUGUGCCUCACACUGGAUGUUUUUCACACCAUUCUGUGUAGAGACUGUUGUGCGUGAAAAUCCCAGGAGAUCAGCGGUUUCUGAAAUACUUAGACCAGCCCGUCUGGCACCAACAACCAUGCCACGGUCAGAGUUACAGAGUAUCCCCGUUCUGGAUUUGCAUGAUUUUAUGCAUUUCACUGCUGGCACAUGAUUGGUUGAUUGGAUCAUUUUAUGAAUGAGCAGGAGUACAGGUGUUCCUAUUAAAGUGGUUAUUUUUUAUUUUGUAGAAGGGAAAAUAUGAUGUAAUCUCUCCAUGUGCAACCUCUAAAAAAGAAAAAAGACUGACGGCAGAUUUAGAAAAAGAAGUAAAAAUCCCAGAGAUACUUCACUAAAAAUGACAUUACCUCUAACAUUACCUCUAACCUCUACAUGUAAAACUAAUCCAAUCCGAACUGGGCUUUAGUCUGGCUGCAGCACUGUGUUAGAACCCAUUUCUGCAUCCGUUGGGAUGAAAGUGUCAUCUACUAUGAAUAAAUGUAAAUGUAGGUAUUUCUGGAUAAUGUUUUCUAUCAUCACUACUAUAAAUUGCAUGGGCUUGUCAAGUUAACGAAAGCAAAUCUGCCAAUAAUGAAGACUAUAAAUAUUUAUACAGUCCCACUGGAUAGGUUGGAUAUGUAACAUCCUCUUUUUCCCUGCCAGGUGCGUUUCCUUUCUCUGUUCUCGUCUCUUUGUUUGUUCGUUCACUGAUACGAAAGGUCCUGACGCUUUCUUCCUGCAGGCUGCCUCGAGAUUCGGUCUCACACAGCUCACGUGUGGACAAGCGAACAUGGACAUGUCUAAAGCAGGGAAAUUCUGCGUGCAUUCAGGUGCACUUGCGUCAUUCGCUGAAUAACAUUUGGAGCUCACAUUGCAGCCUUGAUGCUGCUCUAUUCAGCAAGAACAUCCUGCUGGAUAUUAAGUGUUUUUUUCUUUUCUUUCUUUUUUUUUUUUCUUCAAUGCUUCUGUUUCAGACUUCAAAUCUUUUCAGACUUGCAGCCUGUUGAGGUCAUUAAGAGUUGAAGCAGCGACCCGAGGGCCCGAGGGUUUGUUUCUGCGUUAUUUUGGGAUACUUCAUGCUGGAUGUUUUCCUGCAGGAACUUUUUAGGUCCGUAUUUAUCAUUCCGUUGAGAGAGGGAUCUAUUGGAGAGGUGUUUGUCAGGUUAAUGGUAUGCAUCUAGCAGCACAGGAAAAAGCAGCCAGGCCGGAUUAUUCUCAUUCACACCCUGCUAUUGCUCAAACCUUUCCCCUCUGUGCUCUGAUUGGUGCCUGCGCUUCCUAACUACUGAUCUGAAGUCAGGUGGGUGGGGCACGGUGUGUGUGUGUGUGUAUAUGUGUGUGUGCGCUCAACAGGAAACGAGUUGAGGUUUCUGAGUUGAGCAGGGUUAGUCCGUGGGUGUGCUGUGCUGUGCUGUGCUGUCUCGCGUCUCUCUUCAGCUGGACACGAUUGAAGGUUCUUCGUACCAGAUGAGGAACAAUGCUGGCCAUGGACCAAGGUGUGGUGGAGGAAUGGCUGUCUGAGUUCAAGACGCUUCCUGAGACAGCCAUCUCCAGCUACGCUGCAUCACUGAAGGAAAAGGCUUCACUGGUCCCUGCACUCUAUAAAGUUAUCCGAGAGAACUACAGCGACCUCUUAGAGCCGGUAUGUCACCAGCUGUUUGAGUUCUACCGGAGCGGAGAGGCUCGUCUUCAGCGCUUCACCCUGCAGUUCCUGCCUGAGCUGGUGUGGAGUUACCUGUCAGUGAGCGCCGGCCGGAACCUUCACCACAGCGGCUGCAUCGAGGCUCUUCUGCUCGGCAUCUACAACCUGGAAAUAGUUGAUAAAGAUGGUCAAAGCAAAGUGUUAUCCUUCACUGUCCCCUCCUUAUCCAAACCAUCAGUGUACCAUGAGCCUUCUGCCAUCGGCUCCAUGGCCCUCACCGAAGGAGCUCUAGCCAAUCACGGGCUUAGUCGAGUUGUUUACAGUGGACCGCACCUCCAGAGAGAGACGUUCACAGCACAGAACAGGUUUGAAGUGCUGACGUUCCUGCUGCUUUGCUACAAUGCUGCUCUGAGCUACGUGAACAGUUCUUCCCUCCAGUCUCUGUGUCAGCUCAGCUCCAGAGUGUGUAUCUGUGGCUAUCCGAGGCAGCAGGUUCGGCGGUAUAAAGGCAUCAACAGCAGGAUGAUUGUGACGUCAGAGUUCCUGGUCCAGCUGAUCACGGGCAUUCACUUUGCUCUGUGUAACGGAGAGCCUGAUUUGGGCUCCAAAGCUCUGGAUGACGUUCUGUAUCGAGCUCAGUUGGAGCUUUACCCAGAAGUCUUGCUGUUGGGAAACGCUAUCAAGUCGUCACUCCGUGGUGCUGCUCUGAAGUCCAAUAAGGAAGGCACGCGGUCCAUCCAGGUCGAGAUCACACCUACUUCCUCACGGAUCUCCAGAAACGCCGUCACCAGUCUCUCCAUCCGCGGCCACCGCUGGAAACGGCACGAUGCAGUGGAUCUGGGUUCCCCGGAAGAGCUGAUGGAGAUCUCGGAGGUGGACGAGGGCAUCUGCACACAGGCCGCCGUGAAGGAGGGCAGCCCCCCGAUCAUCGUGGUGAGCAGCACCAACGUCACGCCAAGCAUCGGGAAAACAGCUGGCAAGGGCCUGCGGCGCCUUACGGGCAGCAGAUCCAGCAAGGACAAAGAAAGAGAGAAGGAGAAAGAGGGGGAGGUCUCACGCAAGCAGUCGUGCGGCCGGGCCAUGAGCGAGAACUUGGAGCUGCUCUCGCUCAAGCGCCUCACGCUCACCUCCAGCCAAUCAGUGCCUAAAGGGGGUGCGCUGAGCCUCUCGCGCACGGCCAGCGCCGCCUUCUCUCGCUCCUUUGAGCAGGUCAGCAACGCGCUGGGCGUGGCCAACCGGGCAUCAAGCCCCGCCUCUAAUCACAGCCCCAAGGAGAACAGGCACUCGGCCUGCAGCCUGCAAGAGGAAGCCUACGUAGAUCACCUGAGCCCAGCUAACGUCAGCCUGCAGCUCAGCCCAGACGUGUGACGGUACUGAUUCACUCCCAGACCUGCCGAAUUUUGAGCCAUACUUUCACUGGUGUCCUAAAAGUACUCGCAGUUUAUUUCUUUGAGGAAUCAAGAGACCACUCCUGCCCCCCCGGUGGCAAAUCAAAACUGUUGCACCUUAAAGAAACUCCAGUCCUUUUUAUUUUUGUGGUGUGUCUUCAAUGAAGCUGUGUUUAAAAAUAUGUGUGUUAAAAAAAAAAAUAAUAAAUCCACUUUUUCUCAUUUGUACCAUGAACUUGAUACUGUGGAUCGUGUGUAAAAGUCUGACUUCGGGUUGUUAAAGAUAUUUUUGAUGCUGUAUUGAUUUGUCUUGGAGAGUGUUUAUGCUCAAGUAGCUUUCCAUCCAAACAGGGUGUUGAUUAUAUAUGCAAAGGAUGAUCCCUUUGCUUUUUAAGUGUGUGUGCGUGUGUGUGCGUGCGCGUGGCUGAUAAAAUAAAUUCGGGGUGAUUUUUCACUGCCUUCCUUUAUGUACUGGGCUUUAAAGAAAGCCAUCAGUAUUAAACUAACACUCCUGAUACUUUGGCAAUAUAUUGUUUUUUUUUUUUUUUUUUUAAACCCCGAAUACUGAAGUCCCAAUCAAAAGUGAUAGAAUUUAAGACUAAAAUGUAGUAUUUGUUUACAUGUUACAACAUCUUCAUGUUGUAUUUCUGAAGCAAUAGCAUUGUUUUGGCAACAGAAUCUGACUUUUGUAUUGACACUGAUGUUUUUUGUACACAGUAUAAUGAUUGUGGUGUUGCACCGAAGCAGAAUCCAGUAUUAAUGUGACUCGAAGGUUGAAGACUCCGAAUCAGUUUGUGGGACAGCCAAAUUAUGUUUUCACCAUUUAAUUAUUAUUGUUAUUAUUAUUAUUAUUAUUAUUAUUUUUUAAAAUCCUUGUCUCAUCCUGUUCAGUGUGAUCUCUACUGUUUGGAGGAGUUUUGUGAUUUUGAUAAUGAGCUGUCGGAUUGUCUUUAAUGAGCAACUCUGACAAAACACUGUGGUAUUGUAAUGAACUGGUGUGUCUAUUUUGGAAAAAUAAAAGCCAUGAUUUUUUUUUUUUUUUUUCCUCUCCAGUUUUGAAAAUGUUUUACAAUAAAUAUCUGGUCUGAAAAGUUGAUGCUUAUUUUAGGUUGUUUUCUUUUUUUUAUUAAUAAAUUGGAAUGGUUGAACAGAAA